AUGGCAACACAGCAUUUUAAGAGAAACCUCCUUUUAAAUUUGCAUAGAGAAGAAAAAAUAUCUCUGGUUUGUUUCCUCCUGCUGCUUAAGAAAGAUAAAAAUGUCUGGCCCUUGCAGCCUCCUUCCUCCGUUUGGAGACCCCUGGCCUUCCUGCCUGUUACCCUCUCACCCGGGUCUUCGUUGCUGGAGUGGGCUUUCUCUAGUUACCACGAGCAGGGGCUGCUCUUAGUUGUGGUUCAUGGGCGUCUCAUUGUAGUGGCUGCCCUGUUGCAGAGCGCAGGCUCGAGGCACACAUGCUCAAUUGUUGCAAGCUUGGGCUUUACUUGCUCUGCGACAUAG